GGCAGAGAAUUCGAGGUUUAAUAGGUGCGGUUCCUUUUGUUCGUUAUUUGGACAAGCAAAGUGGCAUCGUGACGCGUAAUACACGACACUGGAUAUCCACAAAAAUAGCUGAUUUUGAUUUUGCAAUUGUUCAUACUUUGACGUUCGGUUUCCUAUUGGUUUACACGUCAGCUGACACAUGUUUAUGUACAAGUUGAAUACACGCAUGUAACGUGCAUGAAAUUUCACCUGAGAAAGUUGCCAAAUCAGAACGACCGUUUUACUGAAAAACCUGGCUUAGGGACAAUAUGACGGUGAACAUUAUGGAAAGGUUGCAAGAUAGGGGGUGGUACAUUACAGAUCAUGGUUACAAUACUGCAAGUGAUUCUGAAAAUAUUGUUGAUAUACAAAAGAUCAUUAAGCGAUUAUUGGAUCUUGAUCUGAAAGAGACUGGUAGUGGUCUAGGAGAUGUAACUCAGAGUAACAUUGUGUUGCAAAUACAAAAAGUACGCAAUGUUGCUGCUCCUAAAAGCAAUGAGGAAUCACGGGCAGCUCCACGUUUGUUAAAAUUCUUUUUAACAGAUGGUAAAAAUAACUUUCAAGCAGUAGAAGUUCAGCACAUUUCAUCUUUAAGUUUAAAUACACCUCCUGGUACAAAAAUAUUAAUCAGUGCUGAAAAUUUAUCAAUGUCCCAUGGAAUUAUUUUAUUAAGGCCAUCAACUAUAAUACAAGUACUUGGGGGAAAAGUAACAGCCCUUGUAGAAAAAUGGGAACUGAACAAAAAAUUGGCAUUACACACAAGAGUGAGAACUGUGGAAGAAGGUGGUCCACCACCAUGGAUUCCAUUUGGAAAGAAAAUUAUAAAAGUUUCUGAACAAGAUAAAAAUUUUAAAGCUUUAGCAGAAAAGGAAAAGUCUAGUAAAGAAAAUGCAGAAUUUGAAGCUCAACGCAAAGAUGCUAUAACAGAAGCUGCUAAGCAAGGUAGCAAAAAAGUUUUUGGUGGAGGAAACAAGCAGCUCUUAGAUCAUAGUGUACAAAGAAUUGUAGAUCAAGGCUUUUCUAUAGAACAAGCAGAAUAUGCCUUAAAAGUUAAUCGAAAUAAUGUAGACAAAGCUUUGAGAAGUUUGCUGAAAACAGAUAAUAAACACAAUACAUUUAAAGAAACACGAGAAGCGCGUGAACCGCGGAAUAAACGAUUUGAUAAAAAAGCUGAAGAAAGUAAACCAAGCAGUGGAAAAAUAUCUCUUUUUGAUUUUCUCGAGGACAAGUUACCUUUACAAUCGGAAACUACAGAAACCAGCAAUCCAUCCCAGAAUAGUUAUACUCCAAGCACAGAAAAUAAUUAUGACAGAAUUGAAUCUAAAUCUAGUGAAUCACAAAUUGGAAAAAGUGGAAGACCUCAAAAAGCAGGUCGUGGAUAUCAAGUUCCUCCAAGACAUUCAGAAGAAAAUAAGAGUAGUAAAAAACCAAAUUUUAAUAAUCCUGCCACUCAGUAUUCUCAAUAUAAUGGAGGGAAUCAUUCUCAACAAAAUAAACCACCAAGAUUUCAACGAAAUUCAGAUAAUCAUAAUUAUUCUCAACAAGACAGUGGAAGCAAAACAUACCAAAAAUCUCAAUUAAGUGAUUCCCGAAAUUCCAGUAUACAAACACGUACAGAUGUAGAAAUUAUAAAUAGUAGUAGGCAUAAUCGGGCACAAGAAGAUGGGACACACAGAGGUUAUCCCGGAAACACAAGUGAUAAGAAUUACAAAAACCAACUAAAUGGAUUUCAACCAAAUGACAAUUCUGGAGGCAAGGGGACUAUACGGCUCAACACCCAAAGAGGCCACAAUCAGUACAGUAGCAAUCAAAAUACGAAUGUUCCUUCUGUUGGCAGUACUUGGGUUUGGCGAGUAGGUGAUAAAUGUCUAGCAAAAUAUUGGGAAGAUAACAGGUAUUACAACGCGAAAGUAACUGGGGUAUCAGAUAGGACGUGUGUCGUACAAUUUAAAGGAUUUGAAAAUUAUGAAGAAGUGCUUCAAGUGGAUUGUUUACCUAUAACAGAGGAUCUCCAGAGUCAAGUUGUUCAAGAUUAUGUUAUGGAUCAUAAACCAUCAGAUCAACGAUUCAGCAAUAGGCAGUUACGGUAUGACCAAACACAAAAUCAUAUAAGUGCAGGUAUGGAAUUUCGAAGAGGUGGUAGUGGAGUUGUUCCUGCAAAUAAGACUGGUUACAACAAAAAACGUAAUCAGCAACGAAGCACACAGCCUAUUUAUCAACCUCCGGCGCAACGAUGUCAGAGUUCUAUGCCUAUGAAUACUCAAAAUAAUUCCUUAUUUUAAUGUAUUGUCAGUCUUUUUUUUUUAGUAAAAAUAUUGAACAUCGCUGAAUUACUGAUUGUAGUUGUGUUAUUUCUAAAGAUUGACCUCAUGAAAAAAAGAACUCCAUAUUUUUCGUGUAUGGUGGUUUAGAUCAUAGGUCAAUAGGUUCAAACGCGAUGUAAACGAAUCC